UGAGACCCCAUUUAGUGAGUGAGCGCUUGAAUGCAACGCAAGUAAAGUGUGUUUGCGGUCGUAAUUGAUGCCUUGGUGUGCGAUCGCUGACGUGUUUUCAUUGCAAACAACACUACAGUUUGAAACUCUGUCCCAAAAAACACUCAUUUAAUUGUAUUUAAACUUUUAAUUGUAUUUCAUUCACAAAAUCAUAUAAAAUGCCCGCACCGGCCAGCAGUACAUCAGUGGGAGCCGGGGGUCGAUCUCCCCGAGCGAUGCCCUCCCGAAGUACGGGCGGAUCCGGAGGUACUGUAAAGCAGCGUAAGGUUGGCGGCGGUGCCAGCAGUGGGUCCGCCGGUCGGUCGCGAGCGGCCGCAGCCAAUAGUGGAGGGAUGUGGAGGUUCUAUACCGACGACUCGCCAGGAAUUAAAGUAGGUCCCGUACCUGUUCUGGUCAUGAGUCUGGUGUUCAUUGCAUCCGUUUUUAUGCUUCAUAUUUGGGGCAAAUAUACCCGUUCUUAAAGGUUUCCACACAUUUUAAACCAUAUUAUCGAUGAUUUUAUUAUAUAUUUUCCAAUUAAUUAAACCAUUAAUUUGGACCAAAACUAUGGGUUAUAUUUUUUGUCUUCUUUUGAUAAGAGUUUUAAAUAAAAGCCAACAUUUGUUUGAAAUAUACUUUAUAUGUAAUCUAAAUUAAAUGGUGUUUUAGUAAUUGAUAUACAA